GUACAGCCCUUCCUUCUCUGACUCCCACUCGUCGUAUCGUAUGCACUUUUUGUGCUCAAUUCCAUGGCGGAAUCCAUAGCAAUGCUUCCCUGGAGCAUCUCCUCCAAUGCUCCUCUCGACCAUCACCACCGGCUGUUGCCUCGCGCGCUCUGUAGUCUCUCGCGGAAUUUUACAAUCUCCAGAUUCAGUUCGACGCAGUCGUCGCUGCUGUUCUCCGAGAAAUCGCGGCAAAAGUGCGCGCCGGCGCUGAAAGUGCUGGUGAAACCGGAAACUCAAGCCGCUCCGGCGACGCCGAUCAUCGGAAACGACAAGAUUGGAGUUUUGUUGCUCAAUCUUGGAGGUCCCGAGACUCUCGACGAUGUUCAACCUUUCCUCUUUAACCUCUUCGCUGACCCGGACAUUAUUCGACUGCCAAGGUUAUUUAGGUUUCUUCAAAAGCCCUUGGCACAAUUCAUCUCCGUUUUCAGAGCACCGAAGAGCAAAGAAGGCUAUGCCGCAAUUGGUGGUGGCUCUCCUCUUCGAAAGAUAACUGAUGCUCAGGCUGAAGAGUUGAAGAAGGCCCUUUGGUCAAAGAAUGUCCCAGCAAACGUGUAUGUGGGCAUGCGCUAUUGGCAUCCAUUUACUGAAGAAGCUAUAGAACAGAUUAAAAGAGAUGGGAUAACAAAGCUUGUUGUCCUUCCGCUUUAUCCACAAUUUUCAAUAUCAACUAGUGGUUCAAGCCUUCGACUCUUGGAGAGUAUAUUCCGGGAGGAUGAGUAUUUAGUCAACAUGCAGCACACAGUUAUACCUUCUUGGUACCAGCGUGAAGGCUAUAUAAAAGCCAUGGCAAACUUGAUUGAGAAGGAGCUAAAAAAUUUUGACAACCCCCGGAAGUGCAUGAUAUUCUUUAGUGCACAUGGGGUGCCACUUGCAUAUGUGGAAGAGGCUGGUGAUCCAUACAAGUCGGAGAUGGAGGAAUGCGUCGAUCUGAUAAUGGAAGAAUUAGAGAAACGAAACAUAACUAAUCCGUAUACUCUGGCUUAUCAGAGCAGAGUUGGACCUGUGGAAUGGUUGAAACCCUACACAGAUGAGACGAUAAUUGACCUUGGCAAAAAAGGAGUGAAAAAUCUGCUCGCUGUACCAAUUAGCUUUGUAAGUGAGCACAUCGAAACUCUAGAAGAAAUCGAUGUUGAGUACAAAGAAUUGGCUCUAGAAUCUGGCGUAGAAAAUUGGGGGCGCGUUCCUGCAUUAGGAUGUGAACCCACCUUUAUUUCAGAUUUGGCAGAUGCGGUGAUUGAGAGUCUCCCAUAUGUUGGAGCCAUGGCAGUCUCUAACCUCGAAGCUCGACAGUCGUUGGUUCCACUUGGUAGUGUGGAAGAGUUAUUAGCAGCGUAUGAUUCACAACGCAGAGAGCUACCACCACCAGUGACGGUAUGGGAAUGGGGUUGGACGAAAAGUGCCGAAACCUGGAAUGGAAGAGCUGCAAUGCUGGCAGUGCUUGUUCUUUUGGUGCUAGAAGUCACCACUGGGGAAGGUUUUCUUCACCAAUGGGGCAUCAUGCCCUUUUUCCGCUGAAAUUAAAUCCUUCACUCUUUCUCUCUCUAUCUUCACAAAACACCGUUAAUGGGGCCCUGUAAAGUUUUCUUUUUUCAGAUAAAAUGUCUGUAUUCAUAUCAAUGACUUCUUCCAUACGUGUAUUAUGUUUGGUUACCGAAGUGCUUACAGAAUAUCUAAUUUUUAGGUAGUCUUAGGUGAACCACUAUUGUUGGUCAGAAGGAGGAAAUAUGUAUUCAUGAAUUAUAGUGGUCUUGUAAUUUUGAGUCCAAGACAUUUUCCCAUGAAUAUAUAUUGAAAAAGUU